GCGUCAUUCGCGGGCACUUGAGACUGCCUUUUAAAAUCGGACAUUGUCGAACAUCGAAAUACACGUUUUCUGUGAACAAGAGCCCCGGUGUAUCGGAAAUCUAGUGAAAAUUAAUCAAAAUGGAUCCUGAAGCAUUCCUGGACAUGGCCAAUCAGGUCAUUAAAUUGAAAAUGUUUCCGUACUUCGACAUCGCGCAUAGCGUACUCUGCGCGCUACACGUCAGAGAGGAUUUAGGACCCGGUGCCCAAGCAUUCUCACGGAAACAUCCUUUAUCAUGCUGGCUUUCAACAAUGUUGGUAGUAUUUGCGAGUGGUAUGCUAUGCAACGGUCUUUUAGGGGAACCAAUUAUUGCACCUCUAAAAAAUACACCACAAGUUGUAGUUGCAACCAUUGUUUGGUAUGUGAUAUUUUAUACACCAUUUGAUAUUGGGUACAAAGUAGCCAAAUUUCUACCAGUGAAACUCGUAUGUGCAACUCUGAAGGAAAUAUACAGGUGUAAGAAAGUAUACGAUGGAGUAACUCAUGCUGGAAAACUUUAUCCGAAUGCAUAUCUUAUCAUGAUCUUAAUUGGAACACUCAAGGGCAAUGCUGCAGGCUUUACAAAGUUGUUUGAACGUCUCAUACGAGGAGUAUGGACUCCAACUGCAAUGGAAUUCAUGCAACCUAGCUUCCCCACGAAAGCUUCAAUGGUUGCGUCUAUCAUCUUCGUCCUAGAUAAAAAGACUGAUCUUAUUUCGGCACCUCAUGCAUUGGUUUACUUCGGUAUCGUUAUCUUUUUCGUGUACUUCAAGCUAUCAUCUAUUUUACUGGGUAUUCACGAUCCGUUUGUACCUUUUGAAAAUCUGUUUUGCGCGUUGUUUCUUGGAGGAAUCUGGGAUUCGUUAGCCAAAUUGCUGGGCCGAGGCCAAGCCAAAGACGAGAAAGCAGAUGCCAAGAAAAAGGACUAAACGUUUGUACAUUUUGUGCGUAUACCCUUAAUAAUACUAUGCGUGCGUAUUACGUAACGUUAUUUCAGAAGGAGGAACAAUUUUCUGAAACAUUAAUUUCAUUCGCUAUAUUCUUCAACAGGGGCAUAAAGUUACCAAAGAAAUUAAUCUUAAUAUCAGCAAUGGUUUGCAAACGAAACAAACAAUUUAAAGCUAGUUAUACGAUACUCGCAUGUUAAAGCGUGGUCACCGACAAAUCAUUAAAUAUCAGAAGUACAAUAACUUAUUAUACGUAUUUUAAUAACGACGAGUGAUACAUACAGUGGAGAGUGUGACUUUAAUUACUGAGAAAAUCAACAGUAUUAUAUCUGUUAGCAACUACAUGUCGCCAUACUUACAUACUUACAUGUGAUUUAAUCAUACGCUCUCCGUAAUCAAUCCGACGAUUUUAUAAAAACGAACGUAAUUUUAGUGUUAUAUAUAUAUAUAUAUCUGUUAGUUGAAAAUUAUUGUUCUUGGAGACAACAAGAUACACGUAAUCUGAUUGUGCAAUCAUUAGAGAUAUGUCCCUUGUUGCCGAUUUUUUGAUAAUAUAUGUAUAUAUUAUAUACACUUCACGUCAGGC